UCCAAUCAAUAAAGUAAAUUUUUAAAAUUAUGCAUUCUAAAUGUAUUUUUCGGGAACAUUGUAAUAAAAUACCCAUUUGCCUAACAUGUACACACUGGGAAUCUGAAAUCUACAAAUUGAAAAUUGUUCUUAUGUUAAUAUUUGGAGUUCUGUUAAGUAGAAUUCUACAAAAGUGGUGGUGCAAAAAAAGACGUUUUUUGAAAUAUCUCGGAAAGAUUCCAGGACCACUUUCAAUGCCACUGGUAGGCAAUCUCAUACAAUUGAGUUCUGAUCAUGCAGAGCUUUUUACUCGAUUGAUGGGUAUGAGAUUAAUGUGGGGAAGCCGAGAAGGUAUUAAUAAAGCCUGGGUUGGACAAAUGCCUUAUGUAUUCCUCAGUAAAGCCUCUACAGUGGAAUUGAUUUUGGGAACAACUCGUCACAUUGACAAAAGUUCAGAUUAUCAAUACCUUCGACCUUGGCUUGGAACUGGUCUAUUAACAAGUUCUGGGCCAAAAUGGCAUUCGAGAAGAAAAAUUUUGACGCCAACGUUCCAUUUCAAUAUUCUAGAUGAUUUCGUGCAAGUAUUUGGUGAACAGACGGAAAUAUUGGUGAAAAAGUUAGUUUCAAGGAUAGACGAACCGCCCUUCAAUGUAUUUCCUCUCAUUACACUAUGUACUUUGGACAUAAUUUGUGAAACAGCAAUGGGAAGACGAAUUUCCGCACAGAAUCGUUCUAAUAGUGAAUAUGUAAAAGCCAUUUUAGAGAUGGGUUACAUCAUCCAGACCAGACAAACAAGUUAUCUUCAUUCUAUAAACGUUUUUUUCAGAAUGUCUUCUCUUUACAAAAAACAAAAAAAAUGCCUAGAAAUUUUGCAUAAUUUUUCUAAAAAGGUUAUUGCAGAAAGACGCGCAGAAAUAAUGGGAAAUCGAACGGAAAUUAAAAAAAGGCUUGCCUUCUUGGAUUUAUUGAUAAUAGCUUCUGAAAAUGGAUCAACCCUAUCGGACAAUGAUAUAAGAGAAGAAGUUGAUACUUUUAUGUUUGAGGGACAUGAUACAACAUCGUCUUCAGUUUGUUGGACGCUGUUUUUACUUGGUUGUCAUUUAGAUAUCCAGGAAAAAGUAGUGAAUGAAUUAAAUACGAUAUUCUCAGAGGGUGAUCAACAUAGACGGCCAACUAUGCAAGAUUUAAAAAAUAUGAGAUACUUAGAAAUGUGCAUUAAAGAAUCUUUGCGUCUUUAUCCAAGCGUCCCGCUAUUGGGUCGAAGAGUUGGAGAAGACAUACAAAUCGGAAAAUAUUUAGUGCCCAAAGGAAGUACUGCAACAAUCAUAAUCCCUGCAUUACACCGAGAUCCGGAAGUUUUCAGUAAUCCCGAAAGUUUUGAUCCCGAACGAUUUUCUCCGAUGAAUUGUGCUAAACGACAUCCUUAUGCAUACAUUCCAUUCAGCGCUGGUCCGAGAAAUUGUAUCGGGCAAAAAUUUGCCAUGUUGGAAGAAAAAGCGAUCAUAUCGGCCGUUUUGAGGACGUACGUUGUCGAAGCAGCGGAACGUCGUGAGGAUCUAAGUAUUACGACCGAACUCGUCACUCGAGCUGAGAACGGUUUGCACAUCCGAAUUAAAAGAAGAUCGACUCACUAG